CUCUGUUCUUGUGUCCAUGCGCUGCGGAGGACGGUACAAAAUAGGCGAAGCCAUGCGUUGCAGUGUUCUGCAAUUUUUCAGCUGCUGAGGCGGCUGAAGCGUGUGAUAGCAUCACGCAGUAUCAUGCCACCUCGAAGUCACUUGAAACGUAACCAUUACCAUCGGAAAAAUGAUUUUUUCAGCAAGUACUUCAAGGUAACAUAUAACCGCGUGAUGCACGACAUACGAACCUUAAACCCGAAAACAGUCUUCUUUGAUCCCGGCGCUCUGUCCGUAGUAGUACCGCUGCUGCUUGUGGCAGAAAUUGCUCUGAACAUCGUUGUGAUCGAGAAAGUGCCAUACACUGAAAUAGACUGGAAAGCUUAUAUGCAGGAAGUCGAGGGAGUUAUCAAUGGUACAUACGACUAUGCUCAACUAAAGGGUGAUACCGGACCACUUGUGUAUCCAGCAGGUUUUGUCUACAUAUUUACACUCUUGUACUACGUCACUAGUCAUGGCACAAACAUUUACUUGGCUCAAUACAUCUUCGCUGGCAUCUACCUCGCAACAAUUUUCUUAGUCUUCAACAUUUACCACCGAACGAGAAAGGUGCCUCCGUAUGUCCUCGCCCUGAUGUGCUUCACGUCGUACCGUAUCCACUCCAUUUAUAUUUUGCGUCUGUUUUGUGAUACCUUCGCAAUGCUCUUCUUGUACGCAGCACUUGCAUGUUUUCUCCAUCCACGGUGGGCCUUAGGCUGUGCAUUUUACAGUUUAGCCGUCUCGGUGAAAAUGAACAUCCUUCUCUUCGCUCCCGCACUGUUCUUCGUGCUUCUGUCUACGCAGGGCAUCAAGAACACGCUCAUUCACGUGGUUACGUGCGGCCUCAUUCAGCUCUUACUGGCUCUGCCAUUCCUGCUAAGCAACCCAGUGUCCUAUGUCACGAGGGCCUUUGAUUUAGGCCGUGUCUUCCUGUACCAAUGGACUGUGAACUGGCGCUUCAUUCCAGAGGAAAUAUUCCUCGGCCGUCCGUUGCACUUCACCCUUCUGGGCCUCCAUCUGUUAUGUCUCCUAUGUUUCCUACCAAAAUGGAUAAGGUAUCUGAAGAUGAGAAAAAUUGGCACAAACAAAGGAAAAGCCGUAGUCAUGUUUCCUGACCAGAUCCUUUUACCAUUGCUCUCCUGCAAUUUCAUCGGCAUGGUAUUCUGUCGGUCACUGCACUACCAGUUUUACAGUUGGUACUAUCAUAGUAUACCCUACCUGCUCUGGUCUACAAGGCUCUCGACUGUUACCAAGCUGUUUAUUUGGGGUUUGAUAGAACUGUCUUGGAACACAUAUCCAUCUACUGACUGGAGUAGUCUGCUGUUGCUGUUCUCGCACCUCACCUUGCUGGUGGAACUAUGGAGGCAUUGGCCAAAGGACCCUGACGUGUUAGGCAAGAGUGAAUGAUGGAUAAAGGAUAUUUUGAUGCAAGAA